AUGGGAUCGAAGUUUGACCACUCGUCCGGGGUGGAGGCGGCGCGGGAGGUUGCGAUUGCGGUCGGGGAGGACCGACGGGCGGCAUGGCCGAGUAUGGGGACGCCGGGGGAUGGGAGACCGGGGGCGGCGGCGGCGGCGGCGUGGGAUGUGACGAGGGUGGCAUGGAUCCCGACGGGUACAGGUGAGACGGACGAGGAAAAGCGUCGGAUGCGGGAGGACUUGCAGCGGGGCGUCGACGGCGCAGGAGCUGCAGGAGCCGGAGGCGCGGUGGGAUGCGUGGAAGGCACGGCGGAGGAGACGGUGGUGGGAGCGACCUCCGAAGUCGCAGUCGACGGGAUAUUCUGGUCGGACGAGGCUUCCAACUUUGGUUUCUUGCGUGUGUGA